AAAAAAACAGCUGAGGCAGAUAAUGUGCUUCUAACAAGCUAUCUGAGUCCACCCACCACAGACUACAAGUCAAGACCAAAUCAUAGCCUUUUUUUUUUAACACCUGGUAAUGCCAAAAGACAUUCUAAAGGUGGUCAUUAUUGGAGAUGGUGGUGUAGGAAAGACUUGCUUGCGAAAUCAGUUUAUCCAUAAGCGUUUCACUAGCUCCUACAAGGCUACCAUUGGUGCUGAUUUUAUAACAAAAGACGUACACACUGACGAUGGUCGAAAAGUUACGUUACAACUUUGGGAUACAGCUGGACAGGAACGAUUCCAGUCACUUGGUGUGAGCUAUUACCGCGGAGCAGACGCUUGCUGCCUGGUAUAUGACACUACCAAUUUCCAAACAUUUCAUAAUCUAGAACGCUGGCGGGCAGAUUUUUUAAAGCAAUCAUCCUUACCGCCGGAUUUGUUGGAAGAUUUCCCUCUGAUAUUGAUUGGAAACAAGAUAGAUAUUGACGACCGUGUUGUUUCACGACGCCAAGCUCGAGCAUGGGCACAGCAACAUUCAUCACCUCGAAUGGAAAUUCGAUGUUUUGAGGCAAGCGCCAAAGAUGGUACCAAUGUUGAAGAAGCUUUCUCAUGUAUUGCUGGCAUGGUCAAAAUCCCCCAAUUGGAAUUUGACAUGGAUGGCAGUGAUAGCUUUCAUUUGAAUCGCCGAGACGAUAGCCUUCGUGGCCGAAAGUCUUGUGCUUGCUAGCAACCCCAUUUUUGUGCUAUAGAGUACCUAGCGAUUUAUUCUUUUUCUUGACAUUUUUAGAUAUCCCCCCAAACGCCCCUCCCCCAUUAAUUCCUGUUCCCCACGCUUCUUCUAAAGUACAUCGUUAUUUCCUUUUGA